AUGGACUGUGGCUUAGCAGGACCUCUGCUCCCAGAGGUUCUGUUGAUGGUCCCUACUCUGCCUCCUCUUGUCACUGCCCUGCAGGAGGCCGUCUCCCGGCAACCGGCCGCGUCCCCUCAGAGCCCAAAUCCUCCAGAGCCGGCCGGAGUGGUCGCAGUCAUGGCUACCCUGAAAGUCCCUGGAGACAGGGCCUCAGCCCCGAACAGCCCGGUCCAGAGCUCGUCGUCGGGCGGCUCGGGGUCGGACUCCUCCACGGGCCGGAGCUGGUCCUCGCUGGGCGCCCGCAGCUCGGCGCCGGUGCUGACGCUGAGAGUGCCCCAGUACCCCACGACCUACUCGGCGAGCCUAGCCGCCUACCGCAGUCCGCCCUCGGACGGCGAGUACGGCUCGGUCUCGGCCCCGCCCGCGUCGCUGUCGUCCCGGCGGCGCCGCUUGCAGGCCGUCGAGCCCCCCACGCAGAACAUGCUGUUGUCCGUCUCGCGGCCGCUGCCCGUGCGGGCGCUGCUGAAGCGCUACCAGGCGACCCAGCCGCACUCCGAGUGCGAGUGCCCCUCUCUGCAGCCCUCGCCUCCUCCUUCGCCGCGCCGGCUGUGCUACACGACCGAGCUACCCGGGGCCUCCUUCUACGGGCCCCUUGACGCCAAGAACCCGCUGCUCGCCUCCUUCGAGAAGGAAAUGCAGGGCUUGCUGGGCUUCCUUGCCAGGAAGCACGGACGGGCCGCCACCCUCCAGGAGCGCCAGAACUUCCAGCGUCGCAGUGCCAACACCCUGUUUAAUAUCUGGAACAAGUAUGAGCGCCGCCUGCCACUCGAGUAUUACAAUGAGCAGCUUUUGAAGGUUGGGGACAGCCUCGUUCAAAUACAAGAAUACAAACUGGCCUUGUUACAGUGCUAUGGAAAGUAUCUCAGCCAGUUUGAAUGCACUGUUGAGGAGAGAGACAUGGACAUGUGUCAGUUCAAAAACAUCUUUUUCCCCAAUGGCCUCGAAGACAAAAUUUCCGACCUAACAUUUCAUGCUUUGGAAGGAAAAUACAUCUGCAUCUACCACAUGGUCACUGCCACUGACCCCCAUCUCCACCAUGAGAUAUCUGUGAACCAGUGCUUUAACAUCUUGGCCUCUUUGCGACUCAUCAUGCAGGUGGCCCUCCCCCAGGAAAAGCUCUGCUGGAUCAUCUACAAUGGCACAAUUCACAUUUAUACAAUUUGCAGGAAGCUGAUGAUCAUUGGGCUGUCUGCUAAGGCCUUGGAAUACUUGCUUUGGGCAAGUAUCUGCAUGGAAUCCUCCAUACCCCUCUUAGCUGUUAGCUAUCUGACUUGGAGAGCCACCCUCUACACGGCCGUUUCCCAGUGUUACUAUGAUUGCCAAGUUGGAAUUCAGGGAGAGAUAUUUGCUCGGCGAGGUUUGGGAAAAAUUGAUGAUUUAAUACACCUGGAAGUAAUGAGCCUCACGCCGCCACAGGAAGAAGCAAAAAGAAGCUUUAGAGAAGCUACCAUAAAGAUGGCAGUGAUGAUCUUCAAGAGAGCGGCCUUUGAACCUCGAAGAAAGACCAAGUCCUUCAUAAGAAUGAAACCAAGACUUAACUUACGGGAAGCACAGAAUCUGCAAUGGCCACGCACUCCCACUGAGAAGCUGUUGGUUGAGAUGUUUGACAGCAGUUCGUCCCAGUUUUUGGCUGUCUUGGAAGCCCUUUCUGAGCCAAGAAGGCGAGUGCUGCAAACGGGGCCUCCCACUUCAGAGGAUCUCGAGGUUCGAGAGGUCUUUGCCGAGCUGUUCAUGGCGGGGGGUGAGCUCUUUUCAGAUACAAGUGGCGGCCCCACAGUCUGUGGGAAGUUUGACUUUUUCAAAACAAUCUGUUCGUUUGCUUCUCAAAUGAAACUCGCCGUCGAAGGGAAAGAUGGCGUUUCUAUAGCUGCCGCAGUGAAGUUGAUAAAAUUAUCUUUCACCUUUGAGGAGUGGAAUUUAUUUAACUGUACCGCUGGUCAGUUUAUCAACUUCCUCCAGAGUCGAAAGGACCCUGCCUCUAGGAAAGCAGAGAUGGAUUUAAGACUUCUGGCUGCGAUGGAGCCCUUGAUCAACGUGAAGAGAAAUAAAGGCCUGGCCUACAGUGGGGAAGGAGGCAGCAGCGCCACCGACGGAGUUCGAAGUGGGGGGAAGAAAAUCGUGUUUCAGGAAUCUCACAUGUUAUCUGGAAGUUAUUCUGAUGAUAUUUUCCACUUGGGGUCAACGUUAUUUUCCUUCAUUUGUUCAGCUGAUGAGAAAGUUCAUCCUGAUAAUGAGAUUGUUGUUGACCUGAUAAUGUUCCUGUGGCAGAAAUGCAAAAUGGGAAUCCAGCGGAUCUAUUCAGCAAAAAUGGAGUAUUUCAAGUUUGUCCAGAAAGUCAAGACUAACAAAUGGAUUCAUUUGCUCUGGCAGAUAAAUGAGAUGAUUCAUACUUGUCAAAGAGAAGACCUCAGCCCUGUGGUCGUGGCUGAAGUUGCAUUACGACUAAGUGGAAUAUUGGAGACUUUAGGAAACCCAGCAAAAAAAUUUAAAAAAAUUUCUGGCUCUGGAAACAGAAUUAAUGUUGACCAUGGCUUCUUCCACAAAGGUUCUUCUGAUAUUCUUCCAAUAUUAAAGAAAACACCUGAGGAGCAAUUACUUUUGGCUUAUGAGACUCUUGACAAUGCAAUUACUAUCAUAGGGAUGUCGCGUACAAGAACUACAUUGCCUGAUGGAACAUCAGUAUAUGACCAUUGUCAUAUGAAGGUUAUCCCUCCAACAGCAGAUAGCACUUCUGGCAAGCCACUCACCGCCAAUACUUUGAUCAUGGACUUGCAGCUGGAGAUCAUUCUGACUCAGCACCGGAUAGCGGUUACGCUCCUUGACCAACUCAAAGCUUGGGACCCUCCUCUCCAGAAACCACCUGCCCAAAAGAAGCUCAGAAAGGGUCUGCCAGCACUAGUUAUUUCACAAGUCGUAUAUACUGAGAAAAUCAACAAGAAUCGAAUAUCCAAAGCAAUGUACUUGAUGCAGAAAGCUCUGUUAUUAUUUGAGAAAGAUCCCCUCCAGAUCCCAAGCUACUGGAGGCUCUUCCUAGAAGCAUUGUCAUUAAUUAAGAAGACUGAAUCAGAGCAAAGUGCCCUGUACUCGUAUCAGAAGGAUGCAGAGGAUGCUAAAAUACCCCAAGGCAAAGUUCCUUCUCCUCCCAUAUUGAUUUCUAGAACUCAUUGUUCAGUGACAUUUAAACCUGCUCCAUUUGUUUGUGACAAAAAGGUCCAUUGGUAUACCAUUUUGGGAUGUCAGAUGGGAACAUGUAUUGGAAAAGUAAGGUUGAACCACCAUUGUCUUCCAAACUCUGGAGAACCAGUGCCUGCUAAUGAAAAAACCCUUUUAGAAGUUGUUGGUUUAGAGCCCAAUGAAAAAUACUUAUUUGCAGUUGCUGCUUAUGGCCCCGAUGGAGAACUUAUUGGGGACACAAUUGGAGAGACAUCUAAGCCAAUUCUGAUUUACACACCACUUUCUACUAUUACUACUCGCUUAUAUCUGACUGAGGUUGCCUUUCAAGUUGGCAAAUAUUCAUUGGCCAAGAAAGCCUUUGCUCCAGUUUGGGAUUAUUUUGUCUAUACUCCUUGUCCAACAAAUGCAUCCAUUAUUUCUUUAAACAGCAUGUUAACCAUUACACCACACAGAUUACAUACAGAUACCUUGGCAGAGUCUUCAUCAGUCCUUUUAUAUCAUUUCAUGAGAUGCAUUUUUGUAACGAGUAACAUUAAUAUUGUGGAGCAAAAACUCUUCUGUGAUGCCAUCAGGGGAAAUGAGGUUUUCACCUGUCAACAAGCUUUCAGACUAGCAGAAUGUCAGAGAAUGCUAGUGGCAAUUGAACUUAGUACCCACUUAAAUGAUUUGAGCUAUUCGCUGCAAGCUGUCGUUCAGUGCUAUGGUCUCCUAGCCCCUCUCAUCUUUCACAAUAUUGUUCUGGUACCAGCAAUCCAGAUCCUAAUUAAGUGUUUGGUAGUUUUGCAAGAGAUCCCAAAUGUUAACUUUCCCAAGAGACAGAUGGGGAAUUUUGAGGGUAUCCAGCAUAUGGUCGCGUGUUCUGUUUAUUACACGACAAAGGUGCUUCGUUCAUGGAAGGAAUUUGAGCUUGCUGUGAUAAUUAUAAAUUUCGGGAAAAAGUUGCUGGACACCUCACAAGGGUUAUUUUCGAAUGUUGGCAAAACGCCCUUUAGUGAUGAUGAGCAAGAAGAAGUGAUAGAGGAGGGCAUCUCCAUCAAGAGAGUGAAGAAAUCCAAGACACAGAUUGUCAUGCUGGACAAAAUCAGCGAACAACUCAACCUCAUGGAAGGGCAGCUGCUCAAGCUGACAAAACAAUAUCCUUUUGCUGAACUCACAGGAGCAGAAGACCCCCUUUUUCUCUACCCUAUAAUUUUAACAUGGACCCUCAGAGGCGCCAUGAGAGAAGUAAUGAAAUUCAAGAACAAACCCCGUUUUCUGGAAUUCUUUGUUCAAGUUAUGACAAAAUGUAUUAACGAAGAGAAAUUUAACUAUGUGGUGGAGAUGUCAUAUACUGUCCAAAACUAUCUUAAAAGGAGAAAUGACAACUUUCUUGGAAUAAAGAAAGGUCAUGCUACAGAAAAUGCUGCAGCUAAUGAAGACCCAAAGAAAUACAAGGCAGCUGCCAUGGAGAUUCAAAAAUCCACAGAAUUACAACUCAUGAAACCAAAAUCCAGGAAAAAAGAUGCUCUGCAAGAGUAUUUUACCAAGCGCCUCUCACUGUCAGAACUGCCUGAUCUGGAAAAAUUUAAAAGAGCUGACGUUAGAAAAAUAGCUUUAAAAAUCCUGACGGACCUCUUGUGCCCAAGAGUAGUCCGCUAUAUAAAAAGAAAAAGAUUGCACCGAUUAUUUAUUGAGGAGUUGCCCUGGAGAGCCCAGAUGAAUGUACAUUUGGCAAAUGCUCAUUUCAGCUUAUUCAAAGUCAAACUCGCAGAGCGUAAGAAGAUUAAAGUUUGCAAUUCACAAAAUACGAUGAGCUUCCGGAGUUUAGACCCUGAUACAUUUUCAUUCUACAAUUCUGGGACAUUGUUAGUGGAGGAAAACGUUAAUGCAGAAAAUUACAAAGCAAUGCUUGAAUUUCUGCUUUCAAGCAAAACAAGAAAGACCAACCUCUCAGAUACUGAUGAAUUUUCAUUUUCCAGCUCCAAAGUAAGUGAAGUAGAAAGCCCCAAGGUGCCUGUUCCAACUGAAAGCGAUGCUGGUAAAGAUCGGAUGGGAAAUCUUGGCAUCUUGGACCAUUUUGUCAGAACUUUUUUGCAUUGCAAAAGAGCAGUGGUUCUUGCUCACCGUGGUGGUUAUUGGACCUUACUUCAGAAUGCCUCCCGGGUUCUUUGGAACUACGCCCUGGAAGUACAGAUGCUCCUUAAACAGGCACAUGCUUUUUCCAGAACAUUCCCCGUCAGCAAGGAUGCUAUCUUAUGCACAUUUGUGUUGCCAUUUCAUUUGGCGUCCGAAGCACUCCUUGAUAUGCUAGUAGACCUGCAGAAUAGCAAAUCUCUUAAGAUUUUGGAUGACAAUAAAGAUUUUGGUGUCCCGAGUGCUUAUGGAAGCAUUGAAGAUGAUGAUGGUGGCUUUAAUCUGACAUUUGAAGAUCCUUUUGAUGAUAUGAAUUUGGUUGACUUGAAGUAUAUUUCCGACUUCAUCUUUAAAACUUUGGAAAUUUUGUACAGAGUGGGAAAAUGGGAAACACUAUCGCAUAUUGCCCUCCAUUUCAAUGAAAUUACACAUGAGAGGUACACAGAGCAGGUGACCCCACUAUUAGUCUAUGCUCAGAGAAAACUUCUGGAGAGAAUCAAGAAGUUCAGUGGCCAAGAGAUAAUCAAGAUAGAAAACAUCAUUGAGGACAAGAUAAAUCCCCGCAAUAUCAUUGGAAAACAGCCCCAUGCUGCUUUUCGGCCUAACGAGGCAGGAUGGAGAGGGGGGUUUAUAGAUUUUGAGCAGGAUGGAGUUCAUUCAGAAAUGUACCAAGCAAACAGAUUAGUGUCUGUGCCCCUGAAUGUGAAAGAAACUUUGAGGUACUUUAGAGAAACCUUGGGGAAAUCUAAGUACCACAACAGGUCGCUGAGAUAUAGCAGAAAGUUGCUCACUUUGUUGCUGGCCAACACACAAGAAAGCAGUGGUGGGAUAAACAAUCCUAAAUUUUUAUAUGGAAAAGUGGAAUUUAGCCUUGGAGCAGAAGAGAUGUAUUUGCCAACACCUCCUGACCUUUUCAGUGAAAAGUUCGCUAUUUCUACUACUGUGGAGAGCAAGAAACUUUCUCCUUCCCAAUUUCAACUUGUUAUUGCUUCUUAUGAGAAAACUAUUGAUACUCUUGAAAUCAACAAUCAAACAGAUCUCAAGAUACAAGCACUGCAUGAACUUGGAAAUCUUCACAUCUAUGCAGAAAACAGAAGGGCAGCUUAUAAAUGCUGGAGUCAAGCCCUUGAUGCCAUCCUCAAAAAGCCAGAUGUGCUCCAUACGUGGAAAGAACUGGCCAACCCCCCCAAAACACCUCUUGACCAAGUCAUGGGAUCAGACUUCCUCGAUUACAGUGAGGAAUUUCUGUCAAAAGCAGGUGUUUGGGGAUGUUUGCAGGGAGGCGUUAUAGCUGCAAAGAUGGCCCAAUACAUUCUGAUAUCAAAUGUGAGUGAGAGGACUGAAUGUUGCAUUUUCUCUUCGUAUUUUUUUAAGGCUCUACUUAGAACCUCUCUAAUACAUCCCAAACACGACCAUGAGUAUGCCCAGUACGACAUUGGUCAACUCAUUCCAGGCCUGGAUCUCUUCUGUGACCGCCACAGAGCGGAUGUGACUAUUGUCGUCAGCAGCCUGAUUUACCUCAGCUAUGAGCUCCAUUCCGUUAACCACAAUCUAAUCAUUCUGCCACUCCUUUCAUUAUACCAAUACUUUGUCGCAGAAGUUUGCCAAGAUUUAAUUAAGUGCAUAGAUGCAAAGAUCCUUAAGAUAGAAAUCCUUAUUGACUUAGGACUCCUUUCUGAAGCUUAUAAUGAAAUAGCCAAUCUGUGUCCUGGGAAAAGCACCCCAAAUAACACCCCUUCGGGCUCCAAAAUUUUUGGGAAAACCAAGCAAAUCACACAAGUAUUUGAAGCAGGAAAAUCUUAUAUGUCCAAAGAAAAUAUACAGGCCCUGGAAGAUUUAUUAAAUCGAGGUAUCCCUGGAUGUGUGACUCUGCUGUGCCAUCCAGCUUUCAUCUAUAAGUUUACUUUGGUCAAGAUGCGCUUUUUCAUCAGUCUGGCUGAAACCAUAAAGUGCCUGCCAGAAAGUGACGUGAAAUCCUUCUACCAGGAGUUUCCCCAGAGAAGCAAACUCCAGGUCAUGGCCAAUAAAGAACAAGUAAAGGAUGAACCUACAACAACUAUUAUUCUGACCAAGACCAAAGAGGAGCUGACUCCAAGUCAACUAAAGGGGGUUUUACUGACAGAAGCUGAAGAUAAGCUUCUCACGCUAAUAGAAAAUGCAGAAUCAGUCAUCCGCAAGAGGAUAAUUCGCUUUAACCCGGUGGAAUUAGAGAUUAUGAUUGAGGUCAAGCUACAGCUGGCUGCUAUCGCACUGCAGAGACAACAAGCACCAUUCAGCACUUCAAUAGCUUUCACUGCAAUUAAAAUUCUUCAGAAUGCAGAAGUUUUCCAAAAGACUAAAGAAGAAAUUUAUGAGAACAGGGAUGAACUUGAUGCCCUGGAACCUCUUGGGAUGUCGGCCCGAGAACAUCUGAAUAUUCAUAUGUGGCUGAGAUGCCGCUUGGCCUUGGUGGUGGCUUCUGUGGCACACAUCCAUGGUAUGGGGGUCAUAAAAGAAAAUGAGGUGACUGACAGCAGGCAUCUGAUCAACGAAGUGCUUGUGGAGGCUCGGGACUGGAAUGACACUGAGAUGCAGGCGGAGGUGUUGGUACAGGCCAUCAAGCUUGACCUGCAAGAAAGGCACUCUGUGGCUGAGAUCAUACAACACCUGCGGGAUAUAAUAAAUUUACUUCAAGGAAAACCCUUUGUUUCUCCUCGAGGCUCUUUAAUACUUGUGAAAAGCCUGAUAUUAAUGGAUGACUUAAUGAAGAUUGAGGAACCUCAGAAAUAUCUCUCUCCUGGAAAUGAAAAUUUUAACUUACUCAAUCAAGCUCAUGCACUUAUUAUUGAACAGGUUCUAUCUUUGGGUGAAAUGAUUAGAUUGGCUUCUUCAGACACUGAUUAUGCAAAUAUCAUAUACCCUUUGAGAAACAUUUAUCUCCCAUAUAUCAACUUGAUGGCAAAAGUAAAGAUGAGAAUUGCUCAUAUGUUGGCCAAGAAAGUAGCUUCCUCUGAGAAAAGGGAUCCUUCUCAAUGGGAAUCUGUCAUUCAUCUCUUUGAGAUAGCAUUGUAUCAUUGCAGGACAGCUGCAAUACAAGAAAAUGAAUUAGAAGCUGAGAUCCUUUUUGAGAAAGGCAAAGUAGAACGUCAAAUGUUAAUUGCAGAUGAGACAAAAGAUAUGACUGAUGAUCUCUUUGAGGCUAUAAAUAAAAGCCUGAAAUAUGAUCAAAAAUUUGGGCUGAUAAGGAAAUCCUACCUGGAAAUAGCCCUUUUAUAUUUACAUAUGGAGAAGAAUAUUAAGAAAUCCAAUACAAAACCUAAGGCUUCUUCCCGAAACCAAAGUCCAUCAAAGGAAAUGAUAGGAGAAAAAGGUGAACUGUACCGGACACUGUCCUGGAUGGCAAUCCGAGCUGCUUCACAGGUCAGUGAAGCUAUGCUAGUAGCUCAGAAGCUAAUUAGACAGAAGAAUAUUUUGAUGGACAAAAUCAAAAUGAUCCUCUUCCAGAAUAUCCCAGAAUUUGCUGUUGUGGACAUCACUUCUACAUAUGAAGAUUAUUUGACUGCCAGCUAUAAAGCCGUCUUCAAGACCCCCUUUUCCUCUCCGAGCCAAUCUGUCAACAUUGAGGACAGUUCAAGUUUGGAACAAGAGCUUGAAAUCACUGAGAGUGAAGAAAGUGAAGAGCCAAUUGAGCCAGAUAUCUCAUGGGUGCAACUGGUCCGCUACUAUACUCACCUGUUAAGAAUUAACAAUAUGAACACCCUGCUUGCUUCUCCAAAGCCAGUUUACUUAGCAGAUGAAGUAUUCCACACUUCCGUUUUCAAUGCAGAUCUGAUUUUACGUCAGAAAGAAAUGUAUAAUUUCCUCAAAAAUUUCUUAAACGUUUUUACUCCAGCCUGUAUUGAGCCAUUUCCAAAAGACCUUCUUAUUCCAGUGGAAAAAUUGGCCAACGAUGAAAACCCCCCAAGUAGGCAAUCACUUAAGCAAGGCGGUCAGGAAAUGUCUGUGAUAAUAGAAAAAUUUGCAGCCUCUAAGAUCGUCCCAUCCACUCCUCCAGAUCUUGCAACAGAUUUUGCUGUGUAUUCUGCAAGCAAAAUGCUUUGUUUCCAGUGGUACCUACCCCCUCUAGAAAAACCUCCAAAGGAUACAGAACCUAUGAUCAUGUUGCUGUACGCCUAUAACACCAGACCUGCCAAGAUUAGCGAUGCCCUUGAUUUCAAUCCCAGCUCUAUUUUUUCUGGAUAUUUCUGGGUUCCUCUGAACAAAGUUAUGGCCUUACACGAAAAACUAUCUGGCCUAAGGCAAGAAGCUGAAAUGUUGUUAUACACAUGUCCACUGUCUCCAGAAGGAAGGUCAUCACUCAGUUCUUCUACAAAAAUCAUCCCAGAAGUCCCUGAAAAUAUCUUGCUCACUAAAGAAAUGAAGGGUUUGUUUUUUCAGUGCUGCACUGAAAUAGAAGCACUGCUUUUGAGACGUGAAGACUUGCCCCUAAAAGUUGAGGUCCCAUUUGAAGUGGUUCUGUCCACUGUAAUGAAGCUGGAGAUGCUUUUUGAUCCGUCUAAUGGCUGCAUCUUAAAGUCAGAAAACAUCUUCAAGUGGAUUACAUCUCUUCUUAAAUGA